UAUUAAUUCCACAGAAGGGGAUGAAAUAUAUAUUAGUAUGGACAAACCCAAAUGAUGAACCAAUCGCAAGUUGGGGUCGAGCACAAGAACAGUUUAUUAAACGUAAGUGUAAAGUAAACAGUUGCUACGUAACCUCAAAGCGAUCGCUUCUACCGAGCAUCUCACAGUUCGAUGCAGUUGCGUUUCAUGGCCCUGAAAUAAAAAGAAGUUACGUGCCAGACCCAAAAGUACGGAGUCCGCAUCAAAAGUACGUGUUCGUCAGUAAGGAGUCAUCACAUUAUUACCCGAUUUGUGCCGAGAGAUAUGAUGGAUUUUUCAAUUGGACUUGGACUUACAGGUUGGAUUCUGACGAAUUUUACGGAUACGUAACUAUUAGAAACAUUACGGGCGAUAUCAUUGGCCCGAAUAAAAUUAUGCACUGGAUAAAACUAGACUCUAUGCAACCAAUCAAUAACGAAACAAAAUUGCUGUUGAAGAAAAAAAACAAGACCGCCGCCUGGUUUGUUUCAAACUGCCAUAGUUUAAGUAAAAGAGAAAAAUUCGUCACUAAGUUGCAAUAUGAAUUAAAAAGUUACGGUUUGGGGAUAGACAUUUUCGGCGGAUGUACUGGGGCAACGAAAAAAUGUCCAAGGACAAGAAUGAAUGAGUGCUUGAAGAUGGUUCAAGAGGAGUACUAUUUUUAUCUCUCCUUUGAGAAUUCGUUUAGCAAAGAUUACGUGACUGAGAAAUUGCUGACGGCGCUUCAGAAUUACGCGGUGCCGGUGGUGUUCGGAGACGCUAACUACACACGAUUCAUGCCAGAUGGAAUUUACUUGCACGGCGGUAAAAUGAAGCCGCCCGACUUGGCGAAAGAAAUGAAUGAUAUCAUAAAAGACAAAGACAGGUACUACAGUUUCUUCAAGUGGCGUAAUCAUUAUUCUUACCACAAUAAAGACGAGGCGCCAGAUUCUGAUGAUCUGUGCAGAAUGUGCGAGAUGCUUCACGACCAAGCUCUCGUGAAGAAGGAAACUGUGUACAAGGAUUUCAGAAAAUGGUGGAACGUUCCAGGAGCAUGCUCAACUAUACUUAGCGUUUUAAAAACGUACUUUUAAUAUGCAUAAAAUCAGUGGCGUAGCGUGAACUAAGGCGAAGUCGCAUCUGCGAGGCCCUUUUCUUUCACUGUGCCCGAAGGGGCCUCGCGCGAGGCCCACUUCUAGCUACGCGACUGCAUAAAAUAAUGAGGAUUUAUUUAUUCAUGAAAAAUGUACUUAAAUUUAGUUUGCUACAGCGUUUUACGAAGCUGUGUAAAACAAGCGGGUAUCAUUUUCUAAUAAAAAAGGUCAGCGAAAAAAGUAACUUCUUAAUAUAACCAGUGGGGAGACACUCCUGACU